AAAAAAAAAAAAAAACGGUUUGACUCACUGUGUAUUUCACAAUCACCAUGUGUGUUUGUCAUGCAAUGGUAGUGCUUGAUAAUGCGUAUGAAAUUCUGAUAACAGUGGAAAUAUGGUGGAAGACUGUAAAAAACAAAGUCAACACCAGUCAAAUAGUGUAUGCAGAUCUCUUCGUUCAUUUGUCAUAUUCACGCUGUUCCUGGUCCUGUUCCUGUGCUACUACAUCGUCCCCAUUGAAUUCUCAGCAUCUUGGGCUUUAACAGUUGGAUUAUUUCUUCCAGAGAAAAUUUCAAGUCAAGCAAUCAACUUUUCACUGAAAAGAGUGUCGGCAAUGUCUGUGGAAUCAUGGAAGACCCUGGAACCAUAUUAUGUGGCUUACCCAUACAAGUAUAAUUUAGUUUUGAAUGAACCAGAGAAGUGCCAGAAGGAGAAUCCAUUUAUUGUAUUAAUUGUACCAGUAAAUCCAAGCAAUAAAGCUGCUCGGGAUGCCAUUCGUUCAACUUGGGGAUCACAGAAGUUAGUUGGGAACAAGACUGUGAGCACAUUAUUUAUGUUGGGUCUACCCACUUCAGAAGAAAGAGAAACGAUUCAAAAAGAUUUGCUACAGGAAAGUGCAAAGUAUCGUGACCUUAUACAAAGUGAUUUCUGGGACAGUUACAAAAAUCUCACAAUUAAGACCAUGGUAAUACUAGAAUGGUUGGCUGGUUACUGUCAGUAUGCCUCCUACGCAAUGAAAAUUGAUUCAGAUGUGUUUCUCAAUGUGGAAAACUUAGUGAAUAUGCUUCUUUCUGCACCAAAGCACAACUAUAUGUCUGGACUUGUGGCUAGGAGAGGAAUAGUACAGAGAGACCCCCAUUCUAAAUGGUUUAUUCCAAAAGCUGUUUAUGACCAACCUUUAUAUCCACCUUACACUCUGGGCUUGGGAUAUGUUUUCUCUUUGGACUUGCCAGUGAAACUUGUUAAAACAGCACAACUUAUCAAAGCGGUUUACAUAGAGGAUGUGUUUCUAGGUCUGUGUAUGACACAUUUAGGGAUCGCUCUAACUGAUCCACCUGAUGGAAACUUGUUCAGUGUCUUUCCUGUAGAAUACAACCGCUGCCGCUAUUCAAAAAUCAUCGCCACAACAACACGAAGCUUGAGAGACCAAGUGGAGUUUUGGAGGGAUUUACUGAGACCUGGUCCAUAUUGUUAAAAACAAAUAGAUCACAUGCUUACAGGCAACAAAGCUUGCCAGUAAUUUU